AUUGACUACAGUGUCGACUUUACACACUCGUUCAGUUGAACAAUUAAUUCACACCAUUGAACAAGUUCCUCACAAUUGCACUUAUACGCAUAAAUUCGUAAGGAAACAAUUGUAAAACCAUGACACUUGGUGAGGAGCAACAAAAAACUGUUCAGGGAUACGCGAAAACAGAGUCUUUGAGAAAUACCAAAUUGAUUAAACAUAGCGAAUCUAUGGAUAAUGGAUGCGUCGAGAAACCAAAUGGCAAUGCAAAGCAUCAUCAAAAGCAGAACGACGAAACUAUUUUAUUUCUGCGAGCAGCUCGUAGUGGUGACAUUGGAAAAGUACUUGAAUUCAUCAAUGAUGGUCUAAUCAUGGACAUUAAUAGCUGUAAUGCGAACGGGUUGAACGCUUUACAUCUGGCAGCAAAGGAUGGAUUUGUUGAUAUUUGCAAUGAGCUCUUAAAACGAGGCAUCAACGUAAACAGUGCAACAAAAAAAGGCAACACAGCACUACAUAUUGCAUCGUUGGCUGGCCAACAGCAAGUGAUCAAACAGCUUAUACUCUAUAAUGCCAAUGUGAAUGUGCAGUCACUGAAUGGAUUUACUCCAUUGUAUAUGGCUGCGCAGGAGAAUCACGAUGGCUGUUGUCGUCUACUGCUUAGUAAAGGUGCGAACCCAUCACUGGCUACUGAGGAUGGUUUUACUCCUUUAGCCGUUGCAAUGCAGCAAGGGCAUGAAAAGGUUGUAGCUGUGCUUCUCGAGAGCGAUGUGCGCGGCAAGGUGCGUUUGCCAGCCCUUCAUAUUGCGGCCAAGAAGAAUGAUAUUAAUGCCGCCAUUAUGCUGUUGCGUCAAGAUACAAAUGCUGAUAUUGUAUCCAAAUCUGGUUUUACUCCUCUUCAUAUUGCAGCACAUUAUGGUAAUCGCGAAUUUGCUGAAUUAUUGCUCGAGCACGGUGCUAACGUAAAUUUUACUGCAAAACACAACAUUACGCCACUACACGUCGCUUGCAAGUGGGGUAAGACAGAAGUUUGUCGUCUUCUACUUGCUCGGCAAGCUCAAAUUGAUAGUACUACCCGAGAUGGUCUUACUCCGCUCCAUUGCGCAGCGCGCUCUGGUCAUGUUGAUGUUAUAGAGCUGCUGUUGUCUCUGAAUGCACCGAUUAUGUCUAAAACAAAGAACGGAUUAUCAGCACUCCAUAUGUCAUCUCAGGGCGAACACGACGAGGCGGCGCGAAUUCUACUCGACCAUAAGGCACCCGUUGACGAAGUCACCAUUGACUAUUUGACAGCGCUUCAUGUCGCCGCCCAUUGUGGCCAUGUGCUCGUGGCUAAGUUAUUGCUAGACUAUGGCGCUGAUCCGAAUUCCCGCGCUCUAAACGGAUUUACACCUUUGCAUAUUGCCUGCAAAAAAAACCGUCUUAAGGUGGUGGAAUUGUUAUUGAAACACGGCGCUAGCAUUUCAGCCACCACAGAAUCUGGACUGACACCAUUGCACGUCGCAAGCUUUAUGGGAUGCAUGAAUAUUGUUAUAUACUUGCUGCAACAUGAUGCAAGUCCUGAUAUGCCAACUGUACGCGGAGAGACUCCACUUCAUUUGGCUGCACGCGCAAACCAGAAUGAUAUUAUUCGAAUAUUAUUGCGGAAUGGAGCCAAGGUAGAAUCCAUUGCUCGUGAAGGGCAAACUCCGUUGCAUGUCGCUGCACGUCUUGGUAAUAUUGACAUAAUUAUGUUGAUGAUACAGCAUGGUGCCGAUGUUAAUGCCAAAACGAAGGAUAUGUACACAGCCUUGCACAUUGCAGUAAAAGAAGGACAUGAGGAAGUAUGUCAAUUGUUAAUCGAAAACGGGGCACAGCUCGAUGCAAUCACAAAGAAGAGCUUCACUCCACUGCAUUUGGCUAGUAAAUAUGGCAAAACGAAAGUGGCAGAUCUCAUACUACGAAAGGGCGGUGCCAUCGAUUGUCAGGGCAAGAAUGAAGUCACUCCCUUACAUGUGGCCGUCCAUUAUGACCAUCAGCCCGUAGUUUUGUUACUUUUGCAUCAUGGCGCAUCCACGCAAAUCGCCGCACGUAAUGGUCACACUGCUCUUCAUAUUUCGGCUAAGAAGAAUAAUUUGGAAAUUUCACAGCAGCUACUACAACGCGGUGCUCAAGUUGAUGCUCUAAGCAAAUCGGGCUUUUCCCCUCUUCACUUGGCUGCUCAGGAGGGUCAUGUUAAUUUAGCUCAGCUGCUGCUUGAGCACAAGGCGAAUGCCAACAUUGCUGCUAAAAAUGGUUUAACACCCUUACAUUUAGCUGCCCAGGAAGGCAAUGUUGCCGUGUCACAAGUUCUACUUGAUGCGGGUGCUAAUAUUUCAGAGCGCACUAAAUCAGGAUAUACACCUCUUCAUAUUGCUGCCCACAAUAAUCAAAUCAAUGAAAUAAAAUUAUUACUUGAAAAUGAUGCCAAUAUUGAGAUGACAACUACAGUGGGUUACACGCCACUUCAUCAAGCAGCCCAGCAAGGCCAUACCCUGGUCAUUAAUCUGCUGCUUCGACAUAAGGCCAAUCCUAAUGCUGUUACAAAAAAUGGACAGACAGCUUUAGAUAUUGCUAAUAAUCUAGGUUACGUAACUGCUGUGGAGACUCUAAAGGUCGUAACGGAAGUAUCAGUAAUUGAUGUAACGACCGGAGUGUUGGAGGAAAAAUACAAGGUGGUCGCUCCAGAAUUUAUGCAUGAAGCACUGCUAUCUGAUUCCGAGGAAGAAGGUUGUUGCGACGAACUUUUUGAUCAUAAUCAAUACAAAUAUAUGGCUACUGAAGAGUUGAGAAACACAACUGAUGAUCAUGAUAAUAAUAACUUUGAUACCACUAAUCCAGGGCACGAUUUGCUGGAUGGAUCGGCUUUUGCGCCUGUAAGCGAAACAGAAAAUUCGAAAAUAAAUGAUUUUAAUUUGAAUGCAUGUGCAGAAAAGAAGUCGGAUAAUGUAAAUGUCGUCCGACCUAUUCAUUUGGGAUUUCUCGUUUCAUUUCUGGUUGACGCGCGAGGCGGCUCAAUGCGUGGUUGUCGUCACAGUGGUGUUCGCAUUAUUGUUCCACCCAAAGCUUGCGCAGAACCAAUGCGAAUCACUUGUCGUUACGUCAAGCCACAACGUGUUGCUAAUCCCCCUCCCUUGAUGGAAGGUGAGGCAUUGGUGAGUCGCAUAUUAGAAAUGUCACCAACUGAGACUACAUUUCUAAGCCCAAUUAUUUUGGAAGUGCCGCAUUUUGGGUCAUUGCGUGAGAGGGAGCGGGAAAUUAUUAUAUUACGAUCGGACAACGGAGAAAGUUGGCGCGAGCAUUGCUUAUACGAUAAUGAGGACCAUCAAUUGAAUGAAAACAUAGAUACCGAAUUGAAUCCCUUAGAGGAUUUACACACCAACCGCAUCAUUCGCAUUGUUACUCACAAUUUACCGCAUUUCUUUGCCGUGGUCUCUCGUAUCCGUCAAGAGGUACAUGUCAUUGGACCAGAUGGCGGCACUGUUUGUUCUACAUCUGUUCCCGAAGUCCAAGCUAUAUUUCCAUCACAUGCACUAACCAAAAAAAUACGCGUUGGACUGCAAGCGCAACCAGUCGAUUUAAUUGGAUGCUCGAAGCUUUUGGGACAGAGCGUAGCUGUCUCGCCUGUGGUUACUGUUGAGCCACGUCGCCGGAAGUUCCACAAAGCAAUCACAUUGAGCAUUCCAGCACCACAAACCUGCAAUCAGGGCAUGGUAAAUGCAUCCUAUGGAGCCAUGAAUGCACCUACACUUCGGCUUCUGUGUUCCAUAACUGGUGGUCAGAAUCGUGCUGUUUGGGAGGAUGUAACAGGAUCAACGCCAUUGGCUUUCGUCAAAAGCAGUGUUAGUUUCACCACUACGGUGUCAGCGCGAUUUUGGUUAAUGGAUUGCCGUAAUGUUUCCGAUGCUGGACGCAUGGCAACAGAGCUUUAUGCAUACAUGGCACAAGUACCAUUUGUCGCCAAGUUUGUGGUGUUUGCCAAGAAAAUUUCAAGCACAGAAGCAAAGCUAUCUGUCUUUUGUAUGACGGACGACAAAGAGGAUAAGACACUCGAGCAACAAGAGUACUUUAAAGAGGUAGCCAGAAGUCGUGACAUUGAGGUUCUGCAAGAUCAAAAUAUUUAUCUUGAGUUUGCUGGCAAUUUGGUGCCCAUGCUGAAAUCGGGAGAACAAUUAAAUACAAAAUUUCAAGCUUUUCGCGAAAAUCGCUUAUCCUUCUUAGUUCGCAUUAAAGACCAAGAGCAAUCCCUGAGUCGCAUCAGCUUCAUGAGCGAACCGAAAGUGCGACCUGGUGAGCCGCCAUUGGAGCCCAUGUGUGCUCUAAACAUAUCGCUCAGCCCCGAUGUUUUUAAUAAUGAUCGCCAACCCGAAUGUCAAACUAUAAGUAAUUAUAUAUAUAAUAUAGAUCAAGGUCUGACCUAUAAGGAUCUGAUAAAUGCCGAAAUAAAAGCCAGUUCUAAAGCAAUUUCUAUUGAUGCACUUGAAAGAAUACAAUGUGCUGAUAUGAAAUUGUCUGAUAUAUCUAAUUUGAUUGGCAAUGAUUGGCCUCAUUUGGCUAAACAUUUGGGUGUUCCACAAACCGAUAUCGAUCUGGUUAGAGAUGAGUAUGCUGAUAAGGAUGAUGAACAACAAUGUUUAAUGAUGCUAAGACUUUGGAUGUCACAAAAUAGUUCGACUGCUACUGGUAAUUCAAUGUCGCAGGCUUUAGAUCAAAUGGGACGAAACGAUAUUGUAGAGCAGUGCAUGUUCAACUUACAUCCAGUCACGGAUCAAUUGGAACGGGGAUUAGCUACAAUGAGAAUGCAGUCACCUCAACAUGAACUUUCUAACGAUGAUGCUGGUGAUUUAUUGAACGGGAAAAUAAUCAACUCAAUGGAAUAUCAAUCAAAUAAUGCAUUAAUCGAAUCCAAUAACGACAAUGACGAAGGUAGAACCAUACCGAAAUCCGAGCUACAAGAGAUGAAGACGGUUUAAACAAGAAAACAAUAAAGCGGAACUUUCGGAUGGAUAUCAUAUCACAAAUAUUUUCAUCUUGGUAUAUGACAAGUUUUUUGUUACCAAACCCCAGUUAAAUAGUUAUUUGACUCCAAUGUUUCUUAUUUAUUUAUUUAUUCGUGAAUUCAGUAACGGUUUCUAAUAAUUCUGCUAAACAUACUGUCAAACUGUAAAACUCACACUAUAAUAUAUAUUAUAUAUUGUGCAUUGUUAUUAAAUAAAAAACGGUACAUAAAUAAA